AUGUUCCACGAGUACCUUCUUACGCUACUUAGAAUUCGUCAGGAUUUAAACAUAGGUAUUCUUAAGGAUAUUUUUGGAAUAUCGGAGAGUCGUGUGUCCCAAAUCUUCAAUACUUGGAUAAACUACAUGUAUCGAGUGUUUGCUCCUCAGAUUAAAUGGCCAUCCAUGCAGAAAAUACGGAAAUUUAUGCCUAGGUCAUUUAAAGCAUCAUUUCCUAAUACUCGUGUAAUUAUCGACUGUACUGAGGUAUUCAUCCAGAAACCUAGAAGUCCAACAGCUCAAAGCCAGACAUACAGUAACUAUAAGAAUCAUAAUACUUUUAAAGCACUAGUGGGCAUAACUCCAUCUGGAGCAUUUUCCUUUAUAUCCGAAUUUUGGGGAGGAAAUGUAUCCGAUAGAUUUAUAACAGCAAAUAGUGGUUUUCUUGAUAAAAUUUCACCAGGUGACGAGGUGAUGGCAAAUCGUGGAUUUGUUAUAAGAGAUUACUUGCUGGAACGGAGAGCAAAAUUAGUGAUUCCACCAUUCACUCAGAAAUGUGCUUGGGGCAAGGGCAAGACACUAUCACCUACACAAAUCAGACAAACAAGACAAAUUGCAAGACUUCGCAUUCAUGUUGAAAGAGCCAUUCAACGACUAUAA